CAUAACCUCUAUAGUAAUAAAAUAUCUGCUUGCUGAGCUGCCUGCAUUUGUAUUUUACUGCCGGAAUUCUUAUAAAAUCAACUCUGAUCACCUCAAUCGCAGAUUAUCUACAACGUUUGGAGAUUUUCAUAAUUCAAAAUGGUCCGAUUUAAGCAUCGAUAUUUUACUGUGGAAGUAAUACCUGGACAUAAACCAAAUUCCCACAGUUUCAAACUAAAGUCGCAAGACUUACAUCAAUGUUUAUUAAAUACUGUGCAAAAACUUCAUGGAGAUUAUGGCAUAGCAGCAGUGUUGGGAGGCUUCAAAGCAAAAUAUUGUAAUCCAGUUACUCGGCUGGGUGUCAUAAGAGUAAGGCAUGGCCCUCAUCGGUUGGUUGCCAGCUGUUUACCAAUAGUAAAAAGCAUAAAAGAUACUCCAGUUUCUAUACGUACUCUCUAUACUGGAGCAUCUCUAAAACAUUGUUUCAAAUUUGCAGUGAAACACCAAAAACAAGCAUUGAUGAAGAUGUGGAACUCUUUGGCCAAUGAAGGAAUGAGGCAGAUGGUCAAAAACAGUAUUAUGGACCUUUCAGUGUUUAGAGAGUUAGAAACAAAUAUUGAAAUACCUGCAGAAUUCAGAGGUGAACAAGAACCAGUCAUAUAAGGGAGAAGAUAAUUGUUCCAAGUUGUUCCAGUUCAGAGUAAUGUAACAAAGAUGUCAACACUGUGUAGAAAAUUGUAUGUAUCAAAAUGUUUAGUAUUUGACCUUCGUAUACGGUUAAUAACUUUCUGAUUACUAGCCGAUCACUGUAAUUAAAAUAUCUCCCUUUGUACCCUAUCCAAAAACAUAUUACCCCUUGGGAGAAGACAUUCUUUAGACUGGUUGUUGAAUGAACUUUGUAUAUAUGAAGAGACACAACUGCUAAACUAUUUUAUGUCUUGGCUUGUUUUUUUCAUGAAGUCAAUGUAGGUUCUUGUGUUUUAUUAUUGGUGUUUGUUGUGAUAAGCCCACUGCAACCAAUAUGAAAUAGGUAGACCUUACCAUGAACCUGUUUCGUGUAGUGAUUUCUGGUUUAAGUUCCUUAUUGGCUACUUAAUAUGAUCUUUAGGGUAUUUAUUUGCUGUACAAACUGUAUACUUGGUUGUUUAAUACAUACAGGGUGUGGAAAAAAAGCUAUCUAUUUUAUGCAGUGCACUGUUCAGCGACAGGUAUUCUUUGAGUGGUUGGGCUAGGCUUGUCGGGAAGCCUACACGAUGUCAUUAUCUGUAGUCAUUUAGCAGUGGUCACCUGAGCAACGCACGUUUGUUAUCGAGUCGAAUUAAAAACUUAACGAUUCAAUCAUUGCAACUCAGCGGCAGAUCCGUGCAUUCUUUUAACUAGGGCGACUUGAAUUCUGUCAAGUAGCACAAUCAUCUGGUGGGUUACCAACUUUAGAACAACAGCUUCUGCGUUCAAAAAGAAGCUGACAAGCCGUCCAAAGCAGAUCGGACGCCACACACACAUUACACACAUUACACACAUGUUACACUAAUUUUGAGGAUCAAUCUUCUAAUCACUACUUAUUAAUUUUUUAUUUAUCUGUUUAAUAUUAUUGACUAUCCGUACGGAACCUCUCCAUGUCGACCUAAUUUAAAGAAUGCAUGGAAAUGCCGCUGAGUUGCAAUGACUGAAUAAUUACUUUUUUUAAACGACUCGACAACAAAUGCACGUUGCUCAGGUGACCACUGCUAAAUGACUACAGAUAAUGACAUCGUGUAGGCUUUCCAACGAGCCUACCCCAACCGCUCUCAGACAACCUGUUGCUGAACAGUGCGCUGGAGAAAAUAGAUUAAUUAUUUUGCUUCACCCUGUAUGUACACAAUAGUAUUUUUAUGUGAUUGUAAAAUGCAUUUAUUGGAUUUAUUGAUCUUGGCACUUUAAUACAUUGUUCUUAGCAGA